CGGGGUCAAAGCACCGCCCCGGAUCCCCAGAUCCCGGGGCUUCUUCGAGCCUGUGGGUGGUUCAGCGCCCGCGCUGCGGAUUCCGCCGGCAAUGGACGCGCGGGCGCGCGCCAGGCGCUACGAGAAGCUCGACUUCCUGGGGGAGGGGCAGUUCGCCACUGUCUAUAAGGCCAGGGACAAGACCAGUAACCGAAUCGUGGCUAUUAAGAAGAUUAAACUGGGGCAUAGAUCGGAAGCUAAAGAUGGAAUCAACAGGACAGCCCUCAGGGAAAUAAAGCUGUUACAGGAGCUAAGCCAUCCAAAUAUUAUUGGUCUCAUAGAUGCAUUUGGACACAAGUCCAAUAUCAGCUUGGUGUUUGAUUUUAUGGAAACAGAUCUAGAGGUUAUUAUAAAGGAUACAAGUAUUGUGUUGACACAGUCUCACAUCAAGGCAUAUAUGCUGAUGACACUUCAAGGAUUAGAAUAUCUGCAUCAGCACUGGAUUUUACACAGGGAUCUUAAACCAAAUAACUUGCUAUUAGAUGAAAAUGGGGUUUUAAAAUUAGCUGACUUUGGCCUGGCAAAAUCUUUUGGUAGCCCAAAUAGAGUUUAUACACACCAGGUAGUAACAAGAUGGUACCGAGCCCCAGAACUAUUGUUUGGGGCUAGAAUGUAUGGUGUUGGUGUUGAUAUGUGGGCUGUUGGUUGUAUUUUAGCUGAACUGCUCCUCAGGGUUCCUUUUUUGCCUGGAGACUCUGAUCUUGACCAGCUAACAAGAAUAUUUGAAACACUGGGCACUCCAACAGAAGAGCAGUGGCCUGGGAUGACGAGUCUUCCAGACUACGUCACAUUUAAAUCUUUCCCUGGAAUGCCACUUCAACAUAUCUUCAGUGCGGCUGGUGAUGAUCUGCUCAAUCUUCUUCAAGGCUUAUUCACAUUUAAUCCUUGCACUAGGGUUACAGCUACUCAGGCAUUGAAACAGAAGUAUUUCAGUAACCGACCAGGACCCACUCCAGGAAAUCAGCUGCCAAGACCCAACUGUCCUGUGGAAGCUGUGAAGGAGCAACAAAAUGCACUUUUAAAUUUAAAAAGGAAAAAAACAGAAGGAAUAGAUCAAGCCCCGAAGAUUGCAUAAGAGAUGGAGGGGAGAUCUAACUGGAAAACUAUGCUAGCCCUCCUGUCAGCCUGUGGCUGUUGAGCAAUUUGUAGUGCAGAUACUGGACUCAGCUUUGCCUGAAUUCCAGCGUGGUGGGGUUGCAAAGGGUCUGCUGGGUAACCAAACUUCUUCAAUGGAGAAAAACAAGCCCAUAGGCACUGUUGAUGCAGCUUAAUUGUGUGCCCAGUGUUGUGCAGUGGAUCUUAGGGAUACCUAGUGAGCUAUUGUCAUUUUCCCACCUGCAAACCACUUUCACUGUUCUGUUUUCUAAUUUUUGUGACAAGUGUGUUAGUACAAGAUUUUGAGGCUUGUGGAGGAACAGCAAUCAUCAUCUUCCUUGUGUGUUC